UCGAGUUCGGCAUUGCAUUUCUGUGCUGUUUCACCGACAGACAAGGUCAAGAUAGUCCAUGACCGCUCCGUCUGGCACCUGUCUGCGGAGAGGUGGCGUGGCCGGUUCUGACUUAGGACACGUCACCGCUGUCGGAGACUGCCACACCGGCCGGCAGGAUUACACGGCGGACACAGCCGUAUAAAUGCACCGGCAGGGCACCAAGCAGCACCAGUCAUCACACCUCUCUGGUCUCGACACCUCCCCAGUGGUCUCACAAUGAAGUCGGCAAUCUUUGUCUGUUUGGUGGCGGCGGCGGCCGCUGCACCGCAGGACUAUUAUCAGCAGCAGCCAGAGAUCAGACUGCUGUCGUACCGGUUCAACUCGGACGACAAGGGCAACUACGAGUACGGAUACGAACAGGACAACGGACAGAAGGUGGAGGAGGUUGGCAAGAGCAUCCCGGGCUACGAGCCGGAGACGGGCUCCAUCUCCAAGGUGGGCUCGUUCGAGUUCGUCUCGCCGGAGGGCCAGCAGUUCCGCGUGGACUACACGAGCGGCGAGGAGGGCUUCCUGCCGAGCGGCGCCCACCUGCCGGUGGCGCCUGCGCAGCUGCCCGAGUACCAGGCUCACCAGCAGCAGUUCCCGGAGCUGUACUGAGACGCCCGUUACACUGCCGGACCGCUCUGAACGUCUGACCACACACGACCAUCUCCAGUGCUUGUGCUCAGCACGGGACGAACUGACACUGAACCUGCCGAUUGGAACAUGC